AAAAGGUCCGUCGCUCGUUGUUCGAUCAUCAUUCGGUGCUCUCUCUUCUGAUUACCCAGAACUAGCUGAUCCAGAAAAAAGCCCGCACACACCAUGGCAUCCUUGAAGCUAUGGGUACUCAGCUGUCUCGUCCUGAGCGCAACCUGCGUCAAGAUUGAGAAGAAGAAGACCAUUUCCUCAGCGAAGGAUCUCGUAGCCGCUGCUACUGGCUAUGUAGGAGGCGGUGGUGGUGGCGGAUACGGGGGAAGUAGUGGAGGUGGAGGUUAUGGAGGAGGUGGAGGAGGCGGUGGCGGAGGAUAUGGUGGAGGUGCUGGAGGCAAAGGAACCACAAUCCUCCUGGCUAUUCCAGUUUCCCUAAACGGAGGUGGCAAGGGAGGUGGUAGCGGUGGGGGCUACGGUGGAUCUUCUGGAGGUGGAGGAGGAUAUGGAGGAUCCUCCGGCGGCGGAGAAGGUUAUGGAGGAGGCUCAUCAGGAGAUUAUGGCGGUAGCAUUUCUCUUGGUGGUGGAUAUGAUGCUGGUUCUACUGGUGGAGACUAUGGGGGAGCUUCUCUUGGAGGAGGAUAUGGUGGAGACAUUGGCGGGGAAUAUGGAGGCGGCAAAGGAGGAGAUGGAGGAUAUGGAGCUGCUCUCGGUGGUGAUGGUGGAUAUGGUGGUAAAGGUGGUGAUGGAGGAUAUGGUGCUGCUCUUGGAGGAGUAUCUAGUGGAUAUGGUGGAUCUUCCGAAGGAGGAUAUGGAGGUGGGUCUGCUGGUGGAUAUGGAGGCGGAUCUUCGGGAGGCGGUAAAGUUCAAAUAAUCACCCUUGGAAGUGCAGGCGGUGGAUACGGAGGAAGCAGUGGUGGCGGCGGAGGAUACGGUGGAAGCAGCGGAGGAUAUGGUGGAAGCAGUGGUGGUGGAGGAGGUUAUGGAGGGAAAAGCAGCGGAGGUGGAGCAGGUUAUGGAGGAAGCAGCGGAGGUGGAGGAGGAUAUGGAGGAAGUAAUGGUGGAAGCGGUGGUGUAACUCUCCUUGGUCUUAGUAUCAGUAGCUUGGGAGGUGGCAAAUCAGAAGGUGGAUCUGGAGGCUAUGGUGGUGGAUCUUCUGGAGGAUAUGGAGGUAGUAGUGGAGGAUCUGGAGGAUAUGGAGGCAGUAGUGGUGGAGCUGGAGGAUAUGGAGGAAGCGGUGGGGAUGAUUACUCUGCAGCUUUAAGUGCUCUUGGAGGUAGUUAUGGUGGUAGCAGUGGUGGUGGAGGAUAUGGAGGUUCAGUUGGAGGAGGAAAGGGAGGCAGUGGUGGAUAUGGAGGUGGACUUGGUGGCGGUUUAGGUGGAUAUGGUGGCUCUGGAGGAAAGAGUGGUGGACUCGGAGGUGGAUAUGGAGGUGGUAGCGGAGGUGGAAAGGGUGGCUAUGGAGGUGGUCUUGGUGGACUAGGUGGUGGAUAUGGAAGUGGAAGCGGAGGAGGAAAAGGCGGUUAUGGAGGAGGUCUUGGUGGUGGUCUUGGAGGAGGUUACGGAGGCGGAAGCGGAGGUGGCAAAAGCGGAGGAUACGGAGGCAGCAGCGGAGGUGGUGGAGGUUAUGGAGGAAGCAGCGGCGGUGGAGGAGGAUAUGGAGGAAGUGGUGGAAUCAGCAAAGGAGGCUUUGGUGGUGUUUCUAGUUACGGAGGCGGUGACUGGUCCUGGUGAUUAGAGAGCUGAGCAGGAUCUCCUAUUGUGAAUAUUUUUUAUUGGAAGGACUUUUUUUAGUGUUGCAGCUGCUUUUGUCAGCUGCUCCCUGUACAGUUAGUUGUUCAUGUGCUCACUCACUAAAGGCAUUAUUCCAUGUCACAGCUGCGACGUGUUCCACAGACCUCGCAGGCUCUUUCCCACCAGCUUCCAUUCGUGCCACGAAUGCUUGAAUCACUGGCGAGGAAGAUGCUUCGCAUACGAGUAAUAUUUGGAGGUUCGCGGGAUCCACUGGAAGGAUGCGCAUGCGCAGUUCCCGCCUCAUGCAUAGCAUCGUCGAACCUUAAAUGUUAAUCGUCUGUACUUCGAGGUUCCUAAUUUGUAAAAAAAAAAAAAAAAAAUGCAAACAUAGAACCCGAGAAGCGCCCUGUACUUUUUUCCUUGCGAUAAAAG